AUGACAACUUCCACAACACGCUCGGAACCUGGAGAUCAAGGUCGGAUGAAAAUAUCAAGGUCUCUAGCAGUGGGUUGUUCCGGGGACACUGCAGAAACAGGCCACUCCUCAUCGGUGUUGUCAUGGCGAUGGUCUGCAUACUCAUCAUCAUCGGAGUGGCUAUCGGGUUGCUGGUUUCCUCAAGUGAUUCAUAACAACAACGACUACGACUACCACCCCUACAACUACAACCGAAACUACUACAACUCCAACAACUACAACUACUCCAACGACAACAACUACUACCCCAGAAACUACGACAACUACCACUACAACUACUACCCCAGAACCAACGACAACUACAACUCCAACAACUACUACCCCAGAGCCUACGACAACUACUACCCCAGAAACUACGACAACUACAACUCCAACAACUACAACUAUAACAACCACUACCCCAGAACCAACGACAACUACAACUCCAACAACUACUACCCAGGAACCAACGACAACUACAACUCCAACAACUACUACCCCAGAAACUACGACAACUACCAGUACAACAACUACUGCCCCAGAGACUACGACAACUACAACUCCAACAACUACAACUAUAACAACUACUACCCCAGAACCAACGACAACUACAACUCCAACAACUACUACCCCAGAAACUACGACAACUACAACUCCAACAACUACUGCCCCAGAGACUACGACAACUACCAGUACAACAACUACUACCCCAGAACUUACAACAACUACAACUCCAACAACUACCACCGCAGAACCUACGACAACUACAACUCCAACAACUACUGCCCCAGAGACUACGACAACUACAACUCCAACAACUACCACCGCAGAACCUACGACAACUACUACCUCAGAACCUACAACAACUACAACUCCAACAACUGCUACCUCAGUUACCAAGACGCCGACAG